UCCAUUUCUCUUUCUAUCUCUAAAGGUGACAAAUUGUCAUAAAAUACAACUACACACACAAAUGGAGAAAGAAACACGAACCCUAAAAGCCAAACUCAAACGUGAAGUAUGGGAUUGUGAAAGCUCUCUCUACGACUCUUUUGAACUCAAAUCUUUUGAACGACAACUUGAUUCUGCAAUCUCCUCAAGAACCAUGUCAAUGCCCCACCUCACCUCUACCACCUCCGUCCGCCACCAACCACCACCGUCCGACCACAAACCCGCCUCCAAGAAACAAUCAAGACUCACCCGAUCUCUCAACAAGCUCAUUCGAGCGGUUUUCAGGCCGAAAGAUAACCAUCAUAGCUCAUCAAGAGAUGAAGGUUUUUACGUAUAUGACACCUCUAGUGCUCUUUCCACCAUACCAGAGACGCCUGAGACGGUGCCGGAGUUUGAUGUGGUCUCGCCGGACAUGAAGUCGUUGGUGACAAGAGCGCGAUCGGAUCGGUUUGUGCCAACUUCUCUCGGUAUAUCAUGUGCUUGACAAUUACAAAUACUUACAUGUUAUUAAUUAUAGUUGAUUCUUUUUUUUGUUUUGAGAUGUUUUAGUUAUUUACUAAUCACAUAAGUAUAUAUGAAUUAUGAUCAUCGUGUGUUAUACUUUAAUCUGAUGUUUAGUUUGAUGAAUAUGAAUUAAACAAACCCUUGAUCAAUAA